AUGUCCGCCGGCCUGCCGCCGCCCGACUACACCGUCAGUGAAGCCGGCGAGCGGAUCAUCGCCCAGAGCAAGCGCCCCGAUGGCACCGUCCGCAAGGAGCGGCGCGUGAGAGCUGGCUACGUGCCCCAGGACGAGCAGCAGGUCUACGUGAGCCGGGGCGCAGCGUUUCGGCAAAGCGUGCCCAAGUGCCCAGGCUUUGACGAUUCCAGUGCAGCCGCAGCGCCCGCCAAGCCCAAGACCAAGUCUGCUGCCAAGAACGCAAAGCGCAAGGAGAAGAAGCUGGCGGAACAGGGCACAGUGGCCGCUGGCAGUGCCGGCGACGCCGCAGCCGCGGCGGUGCAGAGCUUGAGCCUGGGCGACGGCGGCAGCAGUGGCGCGGCCCAGGUCGCCGCUCCAGCAGCGGAUCCAGCUGCAGCGGAGGAGCCCAGCGUGGAGAAGCAGAUUCGCAACCUGAAGAAGAAGAUGCGGCAGGCAGAAGCCCUGGCAGAAAAGCAGGCAGCCGGGCAGGCGCUGACAGCAGAGGAGGGAGCCAAGCUGGGCAAGCUGGCGGGGUGGCAGGAGGAGCUGCGGCAGCUGGAGGCGCUGCUCUGA